UGCCAAUAGCAAGAAUAAGUGCAGAUCGUCCAACAUUUGAAGGUCAACAACUACUAGAGAGUCGAAAGUUACACAGUGCUGAUUCAAAAGCUGCUAUGUUACAUGGGGUAUCAAUACUACAACUGUGUCUUAUCAUUGCCAUGCGUCACCUCACAGACCUUUAUGAAGGAGAUCCAUUCAACUUUGAGAUGGUUUAUAAUGAAUAUCAGAAGUUUAUUCAAAAGAAGUCUCACACUGUCCAGCAAUUUGACAAAUCUGUUGUACUAAAGGCAUUUGAGCAUCUAGUAGCUUUAGAGCUUGUGAAGCCAGCAGAGCACAGUACAGGAUCAUCUACAAGGACUCAGAAAGAAUACAGAGCUAUGAGUAUACUGGUGACCUCAUCACAGUUAAUAGAAUCCUUAAGCUCUUACCCAUCCUGUCCAAGCGAGCUCCAACAUUGGGCUAAAAACCCAAUGGCUUCAUGAUAAUUUCCUGAUAUAUAUUAUAUGAACUAAUGCAAAAUCACUCACUCACCUUGUUUUCAUGUGGUGUGAGAUUGCUGUUGUAUUUUGUUGCUGGAAAGAACCAUGGAACAUCUUGGUGAUCACAUUACAGCUAGCAAAAUCAUUUGAGUUCAGUGGGCACCUACAUUGGGCUAAGACACUCAAUGAUAUCAUUAUUAUUUAUGAGUGUCUGGACAUUAGUUUCCCAUUCAGCUGCAAUUGUGCAAGAUGGUAGCUGAUGUUCCAAGAAUCGCUCAAUUUCUUGGUCAACGCUUCAUCAUUAACAAAUCCCAAGUAAUUAUUCUUAUGAGCAGGGAAUUUUAAUGGCCAGAUGAGAUUUUUUCCAGAGAAACCUAUAUUCAGUCACUCGUAAUAAAUAUACACUUCUUCAAGCAAUUAUGGCAAAAAAUGAGGCCUGAUGCUCUUGAUAUCAAGAACUAUCAUUAAACUAUUUAUCAUCCCCCACAAAAUCUUUUGAGUGAAUAAAAAGUAUUUUCUUGCAUUGAUAAAAAUUUCUUCAUUUGAAAAAUAAUGACCUUACAUUGGUACAAAUGAUAUAAAACACUCACCUGGUUCUUGUUUUGUCAUAUGUUGAAAAAUAUCUCUCGUUAGUUUCAUUUUUUCUAAUCUACAGCAUGACAUUCCAAUACUUGAAUGAUCUCUGUCCAUUUGUUAGCUUCCCAGUUGGAAAAUACAAAGCUAUUGUAUCCAAUCCAGAUGGGCAGAUUGUGUGUAGAAACAAUGCAGUCUGGUAGGCUGAUGGUUGUUUCAAUUACACAAUUAAAAUGUUAUUCAUCCACAUUUUUCCAUGUAUUCCACCCCUUAAUUGGGAUUGUGACCUUAUCCCAUGCGCUGGGCCUGGUGCAGAUACUCACGUCAUUGGAUGCGUAGGCAGAAGGUCUCCAUUCUCAUAGAUUCAACUUGUGCACUGGGCGGCUGCUAGGCUUUGUUUAGAUUUCUUUUGAUGGCAUAAUGGGUUCACUUUUAAAACAUGAAAAUCAUAGGACAUUCAUAUUAACCCGUGCAUGAAAUAUGCACUAUAAAUAUAAUAUGGCACUGUCACUUUCCUCAUAGCUGCCAUUGUAUUCUGUACCAUUUUUCGAGACUUGGUUACAGAUACAAGCAUGACAAGUAUGAGCAUGGACUUUAUAAAUCAUUCAAUCCCAUAGGUUACACAUCAGGUAACAGUAUACAUGUAUAUUGUAACAUCUGUUGAUGAUUUCUAUAAACCUUUUACAGUAUAAUUAUAAAUGGACCCUGUUUAAAAGGCCAAGUCCACUCCAGAAAAAUAGUUUAUUUCAAUAAAAAAAGAAAAAUCAAACAAGCAUAAGGCUGAAAAUUUUAUCAAAUCGGAUGUAUAAUAACAAAGCUAUGACAUUCAAAAUUUUUUCACAAAACAUUUUUACAUGCACAUCCUUGCCAUUUUGCAAAUGAGGGGACCGAUUAUGUCACCCACUCACCGUUUCGUUUGUAUUUUAUCACAUAAAAUAUCCUAAUUUUUUUCAGUUAAUAUUGAAACAAGGUUUGAUUCUAAUCGCUAGAGGGUAUUCAUUUGUCUCGCAAUCUACUAUGGUCAACAAGGAAAUUCGUGAUCACUCUCGCAAAAAGUGUUCACUGGCUUUCUAGGAAAUUCGUGAUCACUCUCGCAAAAAGUGUUCACUAGCUUACAAGUUCACGAGCUUUCGAGUGCCGCUGCAACUCUUUAUCAAGUGACGAAAAUUAUCUGAAAACGUACUCUAUUUAUACUAAUCUCCAGGACCGUACGCACGAACGCGAGAACAAUAGGUGGGCAUUGAUCCGUUGCGUCGGUAUGCGGUGCGGCCGGUAAUCCGUAUAUGCAAAUAAGCCGGGGGUAUAUGCAAAUAUGCCGUGGGUCGGCAAUAUGCAAAUUAGACAAAAUUGGCGGGCUCGCUAGGUUUGAUUCUUUUAAAGGUUUGUAUAGUGGAGAGGAUUACAUCAGUUUGUGGUAAAACACCAUGUACUAAGUCCUGAAAAUGACUGUUUAUCUUUUUUGGUUGUUUGAUAGCUCUUUAUGGAGCUGUUGUCGACGUUUUGGCCAGCGUCUUCUGGUCGUCAUCAGGAAUGAUAAUCUACUCAAACACUUCUGUAUAUAAGCAGAUAAGCUGGUUGAAACGUUGACAAAAGUUAUUUUAAUAGCUAUCGAACAACCAAGUCCUUUUCAGGACUACAUACGUGGUGUUUACCACAAACUUCCAUAAGGUUGAUUCCUCCCUUAAAGGACAAGUCCACCCCAACAUAAAGUUGAUUGGAAUAAAAAGAGAAAAAUCCAACAAGUAUAACACUGAAAAUUUCAUCAAAAUCGGAUGUAUAAUAAGAAAGUUAUGACAUUUUAAAAUUUCGCUUAAUUUCACAAAAUAGUUAUAUGCACAUCCUGGUCGGUAUGCAAAUGAGGGAACUGAUGACAUCACUCACUCACUAUUUCUUUUGUAUUUUACUAUAUGAAAUAUGAAAUAUUUUGAUUUUCUCAUCAUUGUCAUGUGAAAUGAAGUUUCAUUCCUCCCUGAACAUGUGGAAUUCCAUUAUUUUAACAUUUUAUGCUACAGGCAAGGAGGUCCUAAUCGUCAAAUUCGCAAAAAUUGAAAUAUUGUAUAAUUCAAACAAUAAAAAACAAAAGAAAUAGUGAGUGAGUGACAUCAUCGACUCUCUCAUUUGGAUGUAACUGGCUCGUUCAUAUAACUAUUUUGUUAAAAAUAAGCGAAACUUUGAAAUGUCAUAACUUUCUUAUUUUACAUCCGAUUUUGAUGAAAUUUUCAGCAUUGUGCUUGUCUGAUUUUUCUCUAUUGAUUCAAAUCAACAUUUUUCUGAGGUGGACUUGACCUUUAACAGGUGGAAAAUUGAUUUUUGCAACAUUUCAAACAGUUCAAAUGAGAGCUUCCUUAUUGUCAAAACUGUAAGAAUUGAAAUAGUUCAUAUUUCAUGAAAUAGAAAUGAAACAAUAAGUGGGUGACGUCAUCAGUCCCCUCAUUUGUAUACUAAUUAGGGUGUAAAUUUAACUGUUUCAUGAAAUCAAGCAAAAUUUUAAUAUUUCAUAACUCUUAUUUUACAUUAAUUUUGAUCAAAUUUUCAGCAUUAUGUUUGUUUGAUUUUCUCUUUUUAUUUAUUUAUUUUUUUAGUGGGGUUGCCUUGGCCUUUAAAUCCAAAAAGGCAAAAUUUGCAAAUGAUAUACUUUUUUCAUUCCGUCUGAUUUAUUGUCUAACCUGCAUAGCAGAGUGAGACUAUAGGCGCCGCUUUUCCGACGGCGGCGGCGUCAACACCAAAUCUUAACCAAAGGUUAAGAUUUUUAAAUGACAGCAUAUCUUAGAAAAUAUAUGGACCUAGUUCAUGAAACCUGGCCAUAAGGUUAAUCAAGUAUUACUGAACAUCCUGCAUAAGUUUCACGUCACAUGACCAAGGUCAAAGGUCAUUUAGGGUCAAUGAACUUUGGCCAAAUUGGGGGUAUCUGUUGAAUUACCAUCAUAACUUUGAAAGUUUAUGGAUCUGACUCAUGAAACUUGGACAUAAGAGUAAUCAAGUAUCACUGAACAUCCUGUGCGAGUUUCAGGUCACAUGAUCAAGGUCAAAGGUCAUGUAAGGUCAAUGAACUUUGGCCAUGUUGGGGGUAUUUGUUGAAUUACCAUCAUAUCUCUGUAAGUGUAUUGGUCUAGUUCAUUAAACGUGGACAUAAGAGUAACCAAGUAUCACUGAACAUCUUGUGCGAGUGUCAGAUCACAUGACCAAGGUCAAUGGACAUUGGCCAUGUUGGUGGUAUUUGUUGAAUUACCAUCAUAACUCUGUAAGUAUAUUGGUCUAGUUCAUAAAACUUGGACAUAAGAGUCGUCAAGUAUAACUGAACAUCUCAUGCGAGUUUCAGGUCACAUGACCAAAGUCAAAGGUCAUUUAAGGUCAUUGAACUUUGGCCAUUUUAGAGGUAAUUAUUAGAUUGCUGUCAUAACUUUCAAAGUUUAUAGAUAUAGUGUAUAUAAUAUGGAUAUAGGGGUAAUAAAGUACCACUGACAAGUUUGAGGUCACAUGACCAAGGUCAAAUGUCAAUGAACGUAGUAUUGUAUCAUUAUAUGAAUGGUGUGUUUUGUGAAUAAUUAUUUGAUAGUAGUUUUCAAAGUCAGCACUGCUGCUAUAUUGAAUCGCAUGAUGCAGGUGAGACCGCCAGAGGCAUUCCACUUGUAUAUCUGUAUAGCACUUAGAGGUUCUGAUGUAAUUAGCAUAUAUACAUUUGAAAUAUAAUUACAUAAUAAAUUUGGGUCUUUCAUGUCCAAAGUUGAUAAUUACUGUUGCUAUAAACCUGAAGGUUGAUGUUAUUGUUACAUGUUCUGUCCUGCAUUAACAAUAUUUCCUCAAUAAAAUUGAUAUUUUUGUUGAUAGAA